CAGUGACAGCGGGCGGGGCAGGGGCCGGAGAUGGUGGCGGCGGCGGCGGCUCUUCCGACAUGAGGCAGCGGCCGCGGGGGACACGGCGGCGGGCGCGGCGGCGGCCGCGUCUCUAGCUCGGGGAGGCGGCCCCCGGCGCGGGCUGGCGGGCGGGCGUCCCGGCCGGCGUCGCGGGAGCCCGGCUCUGAGGUAGCGUCCGCACCGCCGCCCGGCGAGUGGCCCGCGCCCUCGGCUCCCCGCGCUCGGUCCCGGGACAGCGGCGGCCCCGGCGGGGGCGGCGGCGCGCUCGGGGGAAGCAGGCCCCGCUAGACGGGCCGCGCCGACGGGCUCCGCGCACUCGCGGCCAGGGGCGCCCCCACCCCCAGCGCCCGCCGCGGCGAGCAGGGCGGGCCCGGAGCGCGGGGGGCGGCCCAGGGAGCGCGGGCCCGGGGCGCCCGCCGAGGCUCGCGGCUCCUGUGGGGGCCGGGGCCGGGGCCCGCAGCGCGCUGCCUUUGACGCAUCGGAGCGCGGCUCCUGCAGGAUGGAGGGCUCCGCGCCGCCGGCGGAGUUGUUUGUGCGCAGGCGGCUCGCGGGGCUGGGAGCGCUCAAGGUCUGAACUUCCCUCCGGAGCCGCAGCUGGAGGAGGCGAGCGCGCGGGGAGUAGAAGCCGUGCGGCGCGGAGGCCACCCUCGGGGCGAGCGGCGCGGAAGGCGAGCGGGCACCGCGGUCUGGGACUCACGGCAGCCACGCGUCGGGGACCCCCGGGCGCUCUAGGUACUGGUGACCCCGGCCGGGGCAGGCCCCGGGACUCGGCAACAUGGCUUCCCCGCCCCACCAGCAGCUGCUGCAUCACCACAGCACCGAGGUGAGCUGCGACUCCAGCGGGGACAGCAACAGCGUGCGCGUCAAGAUCAACCCCAAGCAGCUGUCCUCCAACAGCCACCCCAAGCACUGCAAGUACAGCAUCUCCUCCAGCUGCAGCAGCUCCGGGGACUCCGGGGGUGUCCCCCGGCGAGUGGGCAGCGGAGGCCGCCUUCGCAGGCAGAAGAAGCUCCCCCAGCUGUUCGAGAGGGCCUCCAGCCGCUGGUGGGACCCCAAGUUCGACUCGGUAAACCUGGAGGAGGCCUGCCUGGAGCGCUGCUUCCCGCAGACCCAGCGCCGGUUCCGGUAUGCACUCUUCUACAUUGGCUUUGCUUGCCUUCUGUGGAGCAUCUAUUUUGCGGUCCACAUGAGAUCCAGACUGAUCGUCAUGGUCGCCCCCGCUCUGUGCUUCCUCCUGGUGUGCGUGGGCUUCUUUCUGUUUACCUUCACCAAGCUGUACGCCCGGCAUUACGUGUGGACCUCGCUGGCCCUCACCCUGCUGGUGUUCGCCCUGACCCUGGCUGCACAGUUCCAGGUCUUGACGCCUGUCUCAGGACUGGGCGACAGCUCCAAUCUGACGGCUGCAGCCCAGCCCACGGACACGUGCUUAUCUCAAGUGGGGAGCUUUUCCAUGUGCAUCGAAGUGCUCUUCUUGCUCUACACCGUCAUGCACUUGCCUUUGUACUUGAGCUUGUGUCUGGGGGUGGCCUACUCUGUCCUUUUCGAGACCUUUGGCUACCAUUUCCGGGAUGAAGCCUGCUUCCCCUCGCCCGGAGCCGGGGCCCUGCACUGGGAGCUGUUGAGCAGGGCGCUGCUCCACGGUUGCAUCCAUGCCAUCGGGGUCCACCUGUUCGUCAUGUCCCAGGUGAGGUCCAGGAGCACCUUCCUCAAGGUUGGACAGUCCAUCAUGCACGGGAAGGACUUGGAAGUGGAGAAAGCCCUUAAAGAGAGGAUGAUUCACUCCGUGAUGCCAAGAAUCAUAGCCGACGACUUAAUGAAGCAGGGGGAUGAGGAGAGUGAGAAUUCUGUCAAGAGGUAUGCCACCUCGAGCCCCAAGAAUAGGAAGAAGAAGUCUUCCAUACAAAAAGCUCCUAUUGCCUUCCGCCCUUUUAAGAUGCAGCAGAUCGAGGAAGUCAGUAUUUUAUUUGCAGAUAUCGUGGGCUUCACCAAGAUGAGUGCCAACAAGUCCGCCCACGCCCUGGUGGGUCUCCUGAACGAUCUGUUCGGUCGCUUCGACCGCCUGUGUGAGGAGACCAAGUGUGAGAAGAUCAGCACUCUGGGAGACUGUUACUACUGCGUGGCGGGCUGUCCCGAGCCCCGGGCCGACCAUGCCUACUGCUGCAUUGAGAUGGGGCUGGGCAUGAUCAAGGCCAUUGAGCAGUUCUGCCAGGAGAAGAAGGAAAUGGUGAACAUGCGGGUCGGGGUUCACACGGGCACCGUCCUGUGUGGCAUCCUGGGCAUGAGGAGGUUUAAAUUUGAUGUGUGGUCCAACGAUGUGAACCUGGCCAAUCUCAUGGAGCAGCUGGGGGUGGCCGGCAAAGUUCACAUUUCUGAGGCCACUGCAAAAUACUUAGAUGACCGGUACGAAAUGGAAGAUGGGAAAGUUACGGAACGGCUGGGCCAGAGCGUGGUUGCUGACCAGUUGAAAGGUUUGAAGACAUACCUGAUAUCGGGUCAGAGAGCCAAGGAGUCUCCUUGCAGCUGUGCAGAGGCCUUGCUUUCUGGCUUUGAGGUCAUUGGCGGCUCACAGGUGUCCUCAGGCCCUAGGGGACAGGGGACAGCGUCAUCAGGGAAUGUCAGUGACUUGGCGCAGACUGUCAAAACCUUUGAUAACCUUAAGACCUGCUCUUCAUGCGGAAUCACAUUUGCUCCCAAAUCCGAAGCCGGCGCCGAGGGAGGAGCACCUCAAAACGGCUGCCAAGACGAGCAUAAAAACAGCACCAAGGCUUCUGGAGGAUCUAAUCCCAAAACUCAGAACGGGCUCCUGAGCCCUCCCCAGGAGGAGAAGCUCACCAACAGUCAGACAUCUCUGUGUGAGAUCUUGCAGGAGAAGGGAAGGUGGGCAGGGGUGAGCCUGGACCAGUCAGCUCUCCUUCCGCUGAGGUUCAAGAAUAUCCGGGAGAAAACGGAUGCCCACUUCGUAGACGUCAUCAAGGAAGACAGCCUGAUGAAAGAUUAUUUUUUUAAGCCACCCAUUAAUCAGUUCAGCCUGAACUUCCUGGAUCAGGAGCUGGAGCGAUCCUACAGGAGCAGCUAUCAGGAAGAGGUCAUCAAGAACUCCCCCGUGAAGACGUUUGCCAGUCCCACCUUCAGCUCCCUCCUGGACGUGUUUCUGUCGACCACAGUGUUUCUGACGCUGUCCAUCACCUGCUUCCUGAAGUACGGGGCGGCCACCGCACCUCCCCCACCGGCUGCCCUGGCAGUCUUCAGCACGGCCCUGCUUUUGGAGAUGCUGUCCCUCGCGGUGUCCGUCAGGAUGGUGUUCUUCCUGGAGGACGUCAUGGCUUGCACCAAGCGCCUGCUGGAGUGGGUCGCCGGCUGGUUGCCGCGUCACUGCAUCGGGGCCAUCCUGGUGUCCCUCCCUGCCCUGGCCGUCUACUCCCACGUCACCUCCGAAUUUGAGACAAACGUACAUUUCCCGGUGUUCACAGGCUCAGCCGCGCUGAUCGCCGUCGUGCACUACUGUAACUUCUGCCAGCUCAGCUCUUGGAUGAGGUCCUCCCUUGCCACCGUCGUGGGGGCCGGGCCGCUGCUCCUGCUCUAUGCCUCCCUGUGCCCAGACAGUUCUGUAUUAACUUCGCCCCUUGACGCCGUACAGAAUUUCAGUUCUGAGAGGAACCCGUGCAAUAGCUCGCUGCCGCGUGACCUCCGGCGGCCGGCAAGCCUCAUCGGCCAGGAGGUGGUUCUCGUCUUCUUUCUCCUGCUCUUGUUGGUCUGGUUCCUGAACCGCGAAUUUGAAGUCAGCUACCGCCUCCACUACCAUGGGGAUGUGGAAGCGGACCUCCACCGCACCAAGAUCCAGAGCAUGCGGGACCAGGCGGACUGGCUGCUGAGGAACAUCAUCCCCUACCAUGUGGCCGAGCAGCUGAAGGUUUCCCAGACCUACUCCAAGAACCACGACAGCGGAGGGGUGAUUUUCGCCAGCAUCGUCAACUUCAGCGAGUUCUACGAGGAGAACUACGAGGGUGGCAAGGAGUGCUACCGGGUCCUCAACGAGCUCAUCGGGGACUUCGACGAGCUCCUAAGCAAGCCGGACUACAGCAGCAUCGAGAAGAUCAAGACCAUCGGAGCCACGUACAUGGCGGCGUCGGGGCUGAACACCGCGCAGGCACAGGACGGCAGCCACCCGCAGGAGCACCUGCAGAUCCUGUUCGAGUUCGCCAAGGAGAUGAUGCACGUGGUAGACGACUUCAACAACAACAUGCUGUGGUUCAACUUCAAGCUCCGCAUCGGCUUCAACCACGGGCCCCUCACGGCGGGGGUCAUCGGUACCACCAAGCUGCUGUACGACAUCUGGGGGGACACCGUCAACAUCGCCAGCAGGAUGGACACCACCGGCGUGGAGUGCCGCAUCCAGGUGAGCGAAGAGAGCUACCGCGUCCUGAGCAAGAUGGGCUACGACUUCGACUACAGAGGGACCGUGAACGUCAAGGGGAAAGGCCAGAUGAAGACCUACCUGUACCCAAAGUGCACAGACCACGGGGUCAUCCCGCAGCACCAGCUGUCCAUCUCCCCAGACAUCCGCGUCCAGGUGGAUGGCAGCAUCGGACGGUCUCCCACGGACGAGAUUGCCAACCUGGUGCCUUCUGUCCAGUAUGCGGACAAGACGUCUCUGGGCUCCGACAGCGGCUCGCAGGCCAAGGAUGCUCACCUGUCCCCCAAGAGACCCUGGAAGGAGCCCAUCAAAGCAGAAGAAGGGGGUCAGUUUGGCAAAGCCAUAGAGAAAGACGACUGUGACGACACGGGCAUGGAAGAAGCCAAUGAACUCACCAAGCUCAACGUUUCAAAGAGUGUGUGAGGGGCGCCCACCCGCUGCCCGAGGUGCUCUGUUUGUCGAAACACAAUAAUAUUUGUAUUUGGCUGUUGUGCUUCCAAAGCGCCACAGUUUCCCUCCCUGGACGUGGUUUUAUGUGGUCAUUUCAGCCCUAACUUCUGUGUGGAUCACAGUUAUUCAGGGUUCAUUUUCAUCCAUUUCUUUCCCUUCGCUCCCUUCCCUGGAAACCCCGCCUGCCUCCGGGUCUUCCGUUCAGCACGUGGUGGAGAACAAGUGCCUUCAGGGCUGGCCUCGGCCUGGAGUCUCGGGACAGAGGCCGCCAGUGGAGAUCAUGGCUUUGGGUAUUACUUGACUUUUGGAACAAAAGCUGUGGUUGAGAUCUCAUUUUUACUGCUUUUUCCCACGGAACACUUUUUGGUUCUCUGGCUAAUGCCGUUUUUGAGUUUAUUUUGUCUCUGUCUCAGUCACAGUGUUCCCCGGCGACCUGACCUCUCCACGUAAGCACAUGCGCACACACACUUGCAUUCAUGAAUCUGAUAUAAAGUGCCAGUAAUCCACCAACGGGGUUCCAAGGGGGCACGUCACAACGGCCCCACCACCCCCACUAAUCCACCUGCGCUUUCCCGAGCCGUGGGCCCCGUGGGCUGAGUGGGCCUCACUCCCUGCCCCGAGCAGGUUCAGGGACUCUGCCACAUGCAUGCAGGCCAAGGCAGCAAACACCAGCCAGGCACAAUGCCUCGGGGGUCUCAGAGUCGCCCCUCACCCUGACCCUCCACCCAGGGGUCUUCCAAUCAGGAGUCGAGGCAUUGGUCCUGGACGCUGACUCAUCGGAGGAGAGGGAAACACCAAAUAAACAUCCAAGGUUGCAUUUAUUUAUUUAUAUAUUUAUGCAGAAGCAUGUGUGCUCCGGAACGGGAUGCUGGGUCCUCAGGGUUGGGGGAAGUAGCCACAGGGGAGGGCAGUUUCUAGGAAGGUGACCAGAUGUCUCUUUGUGUUUCGGCCACCUGGGGCUGCCCCCAAUCUCCCCACUCCAAGAUGGGUCUAAGCAAGACCCCAAAGCACAGCCAGUGCGAUUCUGGGGCUGGGGGAGUAGCUGCCCCUGCCACCCACGAGGGCUCCUUCCUGCCGGGGUUCACUCAAAGCCACGGGGGUCUGGGUAGGCAGCCCCAGUGCCAUCUUGGCUUCCACAAAUCCAAGAAGUUUUUCGGCCCCCUCUUGUGCUUGGGUGGCACAGGGACUGUCUGUGGCAGGAUUUAAUCAGGGAAGCAAGUUCCAGCCUCUGAGGCGGAGUUCUCAGACCAUCCCCCGAGACAGUCAUCUGGAUGCAGACUCGGGGUCUGUGGGGGGCAGAAUCCCAAGGGUGGCACAGGAGACCCAGGGAAGCUCCCUCUGGGCACUCGGCUGCAGGUACUGUCUGCCAUCAUGUUUUAACGCAUUGAGUCUGAAAUUUACGUAGAAGUAAACUCGCCCGAGUUGCCGGUUGGAUUCGUAGCCACUCUUCCAGGGACCCCCCGGCAAUGCCGAUGAGGCCCUGGGCACGCUCCUUGUCAGUCUUGCCCCACGUCCCCAUGCAUUUCGCUUUCUUCUCUUAAAUCCCACUGUCUUGUUCUCAUGCCCGCAUCAGUGCCCAUCAUCACUCCUCCCCAAAGACAUACAGAUUGCCCUCUCCAGCAUGAAGAAGUCACGAUUCUGACCCGCCACCUCUCCAGGGGCCUCGCCCAGGGCAGCCACCCAGCAGGACAGCGGGACCUGGGGUCCCACCGUCCAGGGGGUCCAGGGCAACCCCAGUUGCUGUAAGAUUUCCCGUCAGGUGUGACUGUCAGUUUGCUGGUCUUCCAAUACCGAAGAAAGGGUGGUUGUGACAAUACCUCUUGCUUCUAAAGAAUGUAAAAAAAAAAACACCACAUAUUUUUUUUUUCCUUAAAAAACACUACCUGAUGCUUUCCUUGUUCGUGGGGAUCGCGAUCACAUGACGCUCUUUCUGCCAUCAGUAUUAAGGUGUGUAUUUGAAUGUCAUCCCCUCCUUCCCCUCCAGUCUGUGUAGCUUUGAGGGUCUGGGCGGUUGCUGAUGUCCUUGCUGUCUCACUCGGAACGUGCUCGGCAAAGUUCAUCUCCGCACAGCCUUCUUCCCCAUCAGUCUCUUCCUUCCCCUACCACAAAGGUGUUUGCGAAUCCCUCACCCCCGGAACCCAUGGAGCUGCAAACUGGAGUCUGGUUCAGGCCCGUGCAGUCUCACCCAGAGCUUAAUGUUGUCUUUAAAAACACCCUGAGCCUUCCUAAACAACCAGUGCAGAUGCUCUCUCUGGGCCACGAAGCCCCUCGGGUCCUACCUGUCCCCCGCUCCGAAGCAUACCUCAGUGUAGAACCACAGAAUCUCUGCGGCGGAAACGCCGUGCAUCUCCGUCUGUUGGCAGUGAACACACCGUGCUGGAGACGCGGGGUUUCUAAGCAGCUGGCGCGAGUGGCGUUGACAGGAUGGGUCGUUCUUCAGGGUGGCAAUACCUCUUAGGAACUUAGGACAGGAAGCAAUACUUCAGCAUUGAAUGUGUGUAAAUAGUUGCAAUUGCUGUUUUCUCCUCAGCCCCAGCUCAGAUCAAAUUAUCUAUCCAUAUAUACGGUAAACAAGCACACGCAGUUUUAUCCAAUGCAAACAAAUGUAGAGCAUCAGUUAUGAAACCCUCAAAUAGCUUGAGAGUCCCACAGGCUGUGCCGCACCUGUGACUCCAUCCACACUGACGUCACCCGCGGGGGCUGCACCUGCACAUUUGCACACGAUCAGAGAGCCAAAGGCCGCGUGCUUCCUGUUACAUGGGCUGUAAUCAUUUGUAGUUUCCAAAGACACAUCUGCAUUUGAAUUUCUAGAUUUUUGAGGUAAGGAGUUUUGCUUUUUUAAUUGGUUGUUUUGAAAAUCACACCAUGCCUAGAAUCUGAAAUUGAAUCAGCAAGAACCGACUGUCUGCAUUUUCCGUAUUUCCUUUGAUCUGCUCUUUUUAAAUUGUUAAUUCUAAUAAUUUCAAAAUGCAUUCACUGAAGAAAUGGACAUUAAAAUAUUCUAAAAUCUAAA